AUGAACUUGGCUCAGGUUUACCUCCCUGUGGAGCCAAGGACCAGAUUUUCAAAGCAGAAGCUGAGCUGUGGUUACAUGCUAUGUUUGGUCCUGCUUUUCCUGGCAGUGUUACUAGCUGUGGCAGUGACAGGAGCCCUCCUCUUCCUCAACCAGUAUCACCAUGCCGUGGACACCCCUCCUCUCAUCAGCAGCAACCAGGACAAGACUCAGGCCCUGGUCACCAUCGACCAGGCCGACAGCUCCAAGAUCAACAUCUUCAUCGACCCCAACUGCCCAGAUUACAAGGGCGACCUGGCCCGUCUGGAAGACCUCCAGUCAUCUGUUCUCACUGCCGUGUUCAGUCGCGGUGAUGAGGUGAAGGCGUCUGAGGGACAGGACAAGGCGCUGCUGGUCACCGUGGCGGACCAGGUGUCCCGGCUUACAACCCGCACAGCUCAGCUGAGGCAGGAUUGCGAGACCUUGAAACAAGGCCAGGGCGGCUUGAGCCAAGAGCUGAGUUUGCUUCAGUCUGAGCAAGGCAGGUUAAUCGAGCUGCUUUCGGAGAAUCAGGUUAACUUGGUUAAGGUUGUGGGCUCAGUGAGCGAUGCACUGGACUCCCUCCAGAGAGAACAUCAGGGAGGAACCAUGAGGUUCCUUGGGAAGGCCGACCUGAUGAAAGGACCUGCCAGAGCCCGUCCCAGGGGCUGCCCGAAUGGUCCUCGCCCUAGAGACUGCUAUGAUAUCUACAUGAGGGGACAGAGGGAGAAUGGAAUCUAUUCAAUUUUUCCAACCCACUAUCCAGCAGGAUUUCAAGUCUCCUGUGACAUGACGUUGGCUGGGGGAGGUUGGACUGUGUUUCAAAGGCGGAAGGAUGGAUCAGUGAAUUUUUUCCAAGGAUGGGAUGCCUACAAGAAUGGAUUCGGGAAGAUUACAGGAGAGCACUGGUUGGGUUUGAAGAGGAUUCACGCUCUCACCACUCAGUCACAAUACGAGCUCCGUAUCGAGAUGGAAGACUUUGAAAACAGCACGGCCUACGCUCAGUACGGGAUGUUUGGGAUUGGUCUGUUCUCUGUCGACCCAGAGAGGGACGGUUAUCCAUUGACUGUGGCAGAGUACUCCGGAACUGCAGGGGACUCCCUCCUGAAGCAUAGCGGCAUGAGAUUCACUACCAAGGAUCGGGACAACGAUCACUCAGAGAAUAACUGUGCCACCUUCUACCGUGGGGCCUGGUGGUACCACAAUUGCCACACCUCCAACCUCAAUGGCCAGUACCUAAAGGGCCAUCACACCUCAUAUGCAGACGGCAUUGAAUGGUCCUCCUGGACUGGCUGGCAAUAUUCCCUCAAAUUUAUUGAAAUGAAGAUCAGGCCAAGGAACGGAGGCCAAUGA